UCGUACCAGCAUUCAACGGCCGCAACAUACCAGUCUACCAGUUUGCAAAGAGCUGUUUCAAAGCGAAGAAUAUAGUCUCUCCUAAUGCUGAGUACGGGUUGGUACAAUUAAUCAAAAACAAAUUCUACGGACAAGCAGCAAGAGUGGUACUGAACGGAGACUACGACACUAUUGAGGAACUAAUUGCCGUAGUAAAAUCACGGUUCGCACCGCUCUUCACUUCGAUGCAGCUAUGCGGUGACAUGGCAAGGAUCGCACAAGGACCAACUGAAGCAGUCGUGGAUUACGGCAGCCGCGUCUCAGGACUCCUAUUACAAAUUAAAAGCUGCAACGAAAUCGAAUUUCCAGAUAAUAUAGAAGGAUACAACCGAUCCUCAGAAACCAAUACGAUAAAGGCUUUCCUCACCGGUUUAAAACAAGAGAUAUAUAACCGAAUGAAAAAUCAGAAUUUCAACAGUCUUGAUGAAGCAAUCAGUGCAGCAAUUGUAGCCGAGGCAGAAAAUUUAGAAAGCCAGACAAAGGCUAAAUUAUCACAGGGAUUCACUAUGACCAAUCAAUACGAAAAUUGUCUAGGAUAUGGGCAUAAUACUGGUAUAUGCUACAAUCAGCAAUUCCAAGGACAAUCGAUGUCGAGAGCCCGCUGGACAGUAAAACACUGCCAACAUUGCCAAAGGUCCGGGCACACCGUAGAGACUUGUUGGUUUAAGGACCAGCCAGCAAGACCAGGGGUCCCUCAGGACUUUGCGCAGCCAACCCAAGCGUAUAAAAACCAGCCUACGCAAAGGCAAGGUCAAAAUUGGACACGAACCAGACCUCCAAUUUGUGAAUUCUGCCAAAAUAUCGGCCAUACAAUUCAGGAAUGCCGGAAAAAGGCAUAUCAAGAACGUAUCAAGAGCCAGAGACUCCAACAGACUCCUCAAGUGCAACAGGAUACAUCAAAGUAAAGAUACUAGAAACAGAAUCUAUAUUCCACAUCAUUGAGGAACUGCCAAUCGAACAAGAUGGAAUUUUGGGCACAGAAUACUUUAAAAGCAGUGGAGCCAGCAUCAAUUACGCCAAGUCUAUACUAAUCAUAAAUAACAAUAUAAUACCAUUCAAACAACCAGCAGUAAUAAUACCAUCCAGGACAAAAACCAUGAUACCUAUA